AGAGAAAGUCCAGGCGAUAUCCAGGCGACAGAAAGCCUGAAUUCUCUUCCGGGCAAAAUCUCAAGAAUUUCUUCAUGGUUUUUAUUCUAAUCCUCCUCUUUCCAAUCCCUUGUUACGAUCUUUCGAACGAUGCCAUUUUCGCCUGCCGAUCUCUACAAUCUUGGUACUGGUUCGACGGUUACUUGUAUUUACUACCAUGCCUAGGCCUUGAAGAGUCCGUUCUUCAUCUGGAAACCCUACUGCAUCUCCCAUCUCGCCUGCACCUUCCUGCAACGGCCCUCUAACGCAAUCAUCGCCUUGCCAGGGUGAUCGUAUUCAUUGCCCUUUCCGUAGUUUUGAUGAAUGUACAGACGGAGUUAAUGGCAGAGGAUAUGUCCGUAGUUCUUUCCAGAGGCAUCUCAAUGAUCGUCACUUUUCUUCUGAAAUGGCUAAGCAACAGUGUAGAGACAGAUUGAGCACCGACAGGAACAUCUACACAUUUUGGGAGUGUGUAUUACAACAACUGCGUUGUUGGCUCUGCAGUCGUUGCAUGAUCCUGCAUGCAUGGAAGAAAUCAUGCACACACAACAAUAUAGUUAUUCCAGGGCCAUCUAAUGGCAGGCAUGUCGAUUUUCUGAUUUCCAACAUUGUCAAAUCUCCAGCAGUUGUCACUGAUACACCAUCCUCCAGCACCGUAGAUAAUACUUCAUUAUCUAUUUCCGUAGACUUGUCAAAUGAAGCUUUUCAACGGCAAUUCACCACUAUCCCCCAAAAGCUCCUCCGAAGAACGAUCAGGGAACAAGAAAAAGUUGCAAGUUUCCUCUAUUAACCAAGCUUUGCUUGACUGGAAGGAAUCCAAUGGCUUCCUGACAUUGAUUAACACACUGUUAGCUCAGCCAAAACGCACAAAGGUGAGUAAGCCGAACAAGAAGAAAUCACAGGAUUGUGCAAACAUAGACGCCUGCAAAAAGAAGAUGUCAUAUGGACAUUAUACUGCCGCCAUUAGAGUCCUCUCCUAUAAUGGUAUUGCUCCCUGUGACGACGCUACUUUGCUUGAAUUGAUGCAAAAGCACCCUUCCGCACCUCCACCUUCCAUUCCUGCUGAGCCCAUUCCCUGCAAUGCAAUCACAGUUGACUCGAAAACUGUUUUAAAGGCUAUAAAGAGCUUCCCCAAGGGAACAUCAUGUGGGAGAGACGGCUUGAGAGCUCAACACCUCCUAGACGCAAUGAGUGGUGCAGCCAAUGCUGUCGCAGAUGAACUACUUUCCUCUUUAACCAAGGUGGUUAACCUUUGGCUGGCUGGUCGUUGCCCCUCUGCUCUUGGCGAAUACAUUGCGAGUGCUCCACUCACAUCGCUGCAGAAACCAGGUGGUGGUCUGCGUCCUAUCGCAGUAGGCACAAUUUGAAGACGUUUAGCGUCUAAGCUGGCGGCCACAAGCGUUGGAAGAGAAAUGGCAGCGUACCUCGGUGACUUUCAAUUUGGGUUUGGAGUGCCAUGUGGUGGUGAGAUCAUAGUUCACUCAGUUAACAGGCUCAUGGAACUGAAAGGUAAUGUGAGUGGUAUCUCGAUGCUACUCGUCGACUUCUCCAACGCCUUUAAUAUGGUUGACAGAACUGCACUAAUUAGGGAAGUCCGUACACGAUUCCCUGCGAUUUCAUACUGGGUUGAAUUCUGCUACGCACAUCCAGCUAGGCUAUACUACAAUGAAGUCAUUCUUUCCUCAGCCCAAGGGGUGCAACAGGGCGACCCACUUGGUCCCCUACUUUUCGCACUCACACUACACCCCAUCGCGAAGGAGAUUGCUUCUCAAUGUAUCCUAGAAUUGCAAGCCUGGUAUUUGGACGACGAAACCAUCAUUGCCGAUACCAUGGAAGUCUCCAAAUGCCUUACGCAUCAUCCAAAUAGAAGGAAUCUCUAGAGGUAUCCAUCUGAACGUCAGAAAAACUGAAGUAUAUUGGCCGCUGACGGAUCCGAGAAGCCUUAGCGAAGACGUGUUUCCUCAUAACAUCAGCAGACCCCCGUUGGGGGUCAAAUUACUAGGAAGGUCAAUUAGUUCUAACCUCCAGUUUUGCAAAGAAAUGGUCAUGCAAAGAGUGGACAAGACACUUCGACUAAUGGAAAAUUUUAAGAGGCUUAAAGAUCCCCAAUGCGAACUCCUUUUGUUGCGCAACUGUUCUGGCGUGUCUAAGUUAUAU